UUUUUUUUUAAGCAAACAAUUCUAGACUUUGCUAAUUAAUGCAGUAAAGCCCUUUUUUGUAUUAUAAAGCGAUACUAGUUUCCUCCUUUCUCUUAUUGUAUAAUGAAAUAGGAGUUUAUCUAAAAUAAAAAUAAAUAAAUAAAUAGUUUUGCUUAAGCUAUAUUUUUUCUUUGUUUUCUUCUUCUUCUUCAUUGCUAUUAUUUAUUUAAAUGAAAUCCUCACUUUCUUUAUCUUUGUUAGUUACGUUUAUCCUUUCUCAGUUAGUUCUUGCUCAACAAGAAGAAAAUGCUAAUAUGCCUGAACCUGUUACUGAUAUUUAUUGGUGGAGAUCACUUUUAUCAGAAGAUCAACUUAAAAAUUAUUUGACGGGUCCUGUUAAUGAUGACGCUACUGAGACAGUAACAAAUAUCGUUACUGAUGUACUUGAUAAAAAUGAUAUUAUGGAUGACGCUACUGCUACUAUCACUGAAGCUAACACAGAUGAAGCCAUUACCACAACUACUGAAGGCACUUCUACUAAUACUGUUACAGGCACUGCUUCUGUCUCAGGCAGUGUUACUAAUACUAGGGCAACAGGUAGUGCUACAGGCAGUAGUUUUUCAGCAUCAAAUGGUAGACCCUCUACUUCAAGUGGUGAGACUGCAUCUUUUACUUUAACUAGUAGAUUUGCUACAUCUUCUUCUACUUUAGAAAGCUCCUAAUCAUAAAUCCUCCUUUUUUUUUUUUUUUUUUUUUUUUUUUUUU